AUGUACCAACCUCCUGCAUUACCACCAAAACCCUUUGUUGGUCCCAACAAGACUGGUGCUGACGACCAGACAGUGCAACAGAACAACACUGGCAGUGCUGAACAGAGCCACAAGAACAAAGACCAUGGAGACACCAUUGAUAACUCAAAAGAAGACGAAAACUUGCUUCCACCUUUACCUGAGGUGAUAACUUCAUUGGCGCAGUCUCAGUUGGUUACGUUUCUAAACAGUGAUAACUUGCUCAGGGGAUAUUUAAUCAAUUUAAAUUUUUUUGUUAAUUUCAAAAAUGAGAAAAGGGAACUAAUAGCAAAUUUGAUUAACAAUCUAAACUCAAUAUUGAUGAAAUUCAAUGAUUUAAAUCAAUUGAAAUAUGAAAUGAAUAAUAAACUAAUCAAUUUGAAGAAUAAGGAAAAAAAUUUUAAUAAUUUGUUACAAAUCAAAUUAUUCAACUCACUAAAGAGAUUCCAGUUCAAUUAUAAGGAUAACAAUCUACUAAAUAAUAAAUUAUUAUUGAAAAAGGACUAUUACAAUAAUAUUUCAAACUCUUUAUUAAACAAAUUCCUAAAUGAUAAUGUAAACAUUCAUGGUUCUGAUAUUAACUCCAAUUCCAAUCCCAAUUCUGAUAACAAUACCGAUCAUACUAAUGAGAACCCAGUUGAUCAACUAAAACUAAUUCAUAUAAAUGAAAAUAGUUUAGAUUAUAAUGAUUCAAACCAAACUCCAAUUUCCGAUAAUAAAUACUAUAAUGAUUCAACUAUCCAAGAUUUUAUCAAACUUUACAAAUCAUCAAGAAAAUCUUACUAUCUAAAUAAUGAAAGAUUGAAAAGAUUACAUGAAAACAGAAUUGGUGGAAUGUUAUGA